AUGCGACAGUCCUCGGUCGAUGCCUCCGCCGAUGAGGCGUUGGCUCGCAUGGGAUACAAGAGUGAGCUACCACGGAAUCUAUCGAUGCUCAGUAUUCUCGGUCUGUCCUUCGCCAUCAUGGCUGCACCGUACGGUCUCAGCACCACUCUGUACAUCACACUGUAUGAUGGUCUCUCCGUGACCAUCAUCUGGGGCUGGAUCUUCGUCACAUUAAUCUCCGUUGCGAUCGCGGCCUCGCUCGCCGAAAUCUGCGCCGUCUACCCGACCGCCGGCGGCGUCUAUUACUGGAGUGCCAUGCUCUCGACCCGCCGCUGGGCCCCGCUCAUGUCCUUUAUCGACGGGUGGUUGACGUUGGUCGGCAAUUGGACCGUCACCCUGAGUAUCAUCUUCGGCGGGGGCCAGCUGAUCCUCAGCGCCAUUUCACUCUGGAAGGAGGACUUUGUCGCCAACGCGUGGCAGACGGUGCUGAUGUUCUGGGCCGUCACGUUGGUCUGCACGCUGGUCAACAUCUUUGGGUCCCGUUACCUCGACCUGAUCAAUAAGAUCUGCAUCUUCUGGACGGCCGCGAGCGUCUUGAUCAUUCUGAUCGUCUUGUUCACCAUGGCCGAUCACCUGAACUCGGCCGAGUUCGUCUUUACCGAAUACGAUUCGUCGCAAAGUGGAUGGCCUGCCGGCUGGGCCUUCUUCGUGGGUCUGCUGCAGGCAGCGUACACCUUGACGGGAUACGGUAUGGUCGCAUCCAUGUGUGAGGAAGUCCAGAACCCUCACCGAGAGGUCCCCAAGGCGAUCGUGCUGUCCGUGGUCGCGGCGGGCGUCACCGGACUUCUGUACCUCAUCCCGGUCCUCUUCUCCAUGCCCAGUGCCGAGGUGCUUCGCCAGGUGGCCAGUGGCCAGCCUAUCGGAACCCUCUUCAAGCAAGUCACGGGCUCGGCCGGGGGUGGUUUCGGCCUGCUCGUCUUGAUUCUGGGAAUCAUGUUGUUUGCCGGGAUUGGUUCGAUGACCGCCGCCAGCCGUUGCACCUACGCCUUUGCCCGCGACGGGGCCAUUCCGGGAUUCCACCUGUGGCGUCGCGUCAACAAGAAGUUGGAUGUCCCCGUCAAUGCGAUCCUUCUCUCCGCCGCGGUGAUCAGCUUGCUGGGUCUGAUCUACUUUGGCUCCACGGCCGCCUUCAACUCCUUCACCGGAGUCGCCACCAUCUGUCUGUCCACGUCCUAUGGCUUGCCCAUUCUCAUCUCCAUGCUCCGGGGUCGAACCGACGUCAAGCGGUCCAGCUUCUCUCUCGGUCCCUUGGGAUGGAUCAUCAACGGGAUCACCGUGCUGUGGAUCGUCCUGGCCGUCGUCCUCUUCUGUAUGCCCUACAUGUUACCCGUGGACGCGUCGAGCAUGAACUAUGCCAGUGUGGUCUUUGCCGGAUUUGCCGCCAUCAGCAUCGUGUGGUACUUUGUGUACGCGCGCAAGCAUUUCACGGGCCCUCCCGUCUCCAAAGAGGAGGUGAUGGCCACCGCGGGCGUCAUGACUGGCUCCGCGGUGGAUCCGGAACACGCGAUGGUUGAGCAGAUGAAGAAGAUGCCCAGCGAUUGA